AUGUACAGGAAAGGCAUUUCUAUGUCUUUCCAGACUGCCUUAGCUGUAAGUGUAAAUUUAAGGACAUUUGUUCAGCUUAAAGAAACUGACCAAGUAAAGGUGGUUUUAGAUUUGCCAGACAUUAAACUUCACAAUGCAUGGGAAAUGGAAGAUAUCUCAAAAGCGUUUGAAGAUAUUAUAAUAGGGGAUCUUUUUACUCCAAUGCCUGUUACGGAAGACUUGUUAUCAAAACUAAAGAAAUUAGCCAACAUUCCAGAAGAAGAAGUUAGUUUGAAAAACUUGGCAAUUAUUUCAUUUCUGUAUAUUUAUUUGGCUAUUAUGAGUCAUAAAAGAAAAGAUGGAUUACAGUCUUUAUCUGUUAAAGUUACUUCCAAUCUUCCAACUGGAUCAGGUCUUGGGUCAUCGGCUGCAUAUUCUGUUAGCUUAGCUGCUGCGUUACUUACCUACAGUGGGGUUGUGACUCCAAUUAAUGAUGAAAAUGAUAAUAAAUACAUGAAAUGGACAAAGGAUGAUUUGGAAUUGAUUAAUAAAUGGGGAUUUGAAGCAGAACGAAUUAUACAUGGAACACCGUCUGGUAUUGAUAACUCAGUCAGUACAUAUGGUGGUGCAAUUCAUUUCAAAAGAGUCAAGGACACGGAUGGUGAGAUGGUGCCCCAAAUAACCCCACUGCAAAGAGUACCUGAAUUGAGAAUUUUAUUGGUGAAUACCAGAAUACCAAGAAUUACAAAGAUUUUAGUUGCGAAUGUGAAAAAAAAACUGGAGAAGUAUCCAGACAUUAUAAACCCUAUAUUUGAUGCUAUCGAUGGUAUUUCUAUCCGAUGUGAGAAUUUAUUUAAAGACAUGAAAGAGAAAGAUUGUGAUCAUAUAUAUAGAGAAAUUGAAGAGUUGAUUGACAUAAAUCAAAGUUUGUUGGGAAUAUUAGGUGUUUCUCAUCCAUCAUUGGAGCAAGUAGUUCAGAUUACAUCAAAACAUGGACUUCAUUCCAAAUUAACGGGUGCUGGAGGAGGUGGCUGUGCACUGACACUAAUAGCACCUG